AGCCGCAUUCUCUUACUACUACUUCUCCUUCUUCAUUUCACACCCAACCUCCUUAGCUUCCUUCUCAUAUAUCCCUCCACCCUCCUUCUCGUCAUAACUGAUCACGCUUUAACUAGUUCUUGGUUUCAUUCAUUCACUUUUGAUAUAGGGACAUGGAUCAAGUUGAGAUUCCUGAGUAUUUCAUUUGCCCCAUAUCCCUCCAAAUCAUGAAAGAUCCCGUUACUGCCGUUACAGGCAUCACUUACGAUCGUGAAAGCAUCGAACGCUGGCUCUUCACCGCCAAGAACACAACAUGCCCUGUCACCAAACAGACUCUGCCGUUAGACUCUGACCUGACCCCCAACCACACCCUUCGCCGCCUCAUCCAGGCUUGGUGCUCUCAGAAUGCCUCCCUCGGCGUCGAUCGCAUCCCCACACCCAAGCCUCCCCUCGACAAAUUUCAGGUCCUCAAGAUCCUCUCCCACCUUCGCAGCCCUCAUUUGUAUCUCAAGGCUCUCAGACAGUUAGAACUGCUCGCCGCCGAGAACGAGAGGAAUAAGAAGUGUUUGGCGGAGGCUGGUGUUCCCAAAGCCAUGGUCAUGUUCGUUUUGGAUUGUUUCCAGAAACGACGGAUCCGCGAGGGCCUCGAAGAGGCUCUCAGUUUGUUGCAGUUUGUUAAAGUUCCGCCGGAAGAAAUCAAGCUGCUUCUGCAGCAAAAUGACCAGGUAUUGUAUUCUGUCACGUGGGUUUUAGGCUGUGAAAUAAUGGAGAACUCUGUGACUCUCAAGUCCCACGCGAUUACGGUGCUCAAAACGAUCAUCCAGAAGGCCAGCUCCGGCGUUAUGGAGAGGCUGAAACCUGAGUUCUUUAAAACAGUCGUGCGAGUCCUACGAAAUGGAAUAACCCUACAAGGGAUGAACGCUGGCCUGAAAGUUCUUUUAGAAGCUUGUCCGUGGGCAAGAAAUCGCCAGCUGAUGGUGGAGGCUGGUGCAGUUCAUGAGUUAAUUGAGAUUGAACUGGGGACGCCGGAGAAGAGAACGACGGAGCUCAUAUUAGGAAUACAGUUUCAUCUUUGUUCUUGUGCGAGUGGGAGAGCACAGUUCGUGAGCCACAGAGGCGGCAUUGCGGUGUUGACGGAGAGAAUAUUGAAGGUCUCGCCGACGGCCGAUGAAAGAGCCAUAUUUGUGCUGUCACUGGUAUCAAAGUCAUGUGCCUCGCAAAUAGUAAUCCAAGAGAUGGUCCAGCUUGGGACUUUGUCAAAACUUUGCAUGUUGCUUCAGGCCGAUCAUCCUUCGUAUCUAAAAGAAAAGGCAAUGGAGAUACUCAAAUCGCAUUCUGAGGUUUGGAAGAACUCCCCUUGCUUUCCUGCAUCUUUUAACGCAAGUUUGCACAGAUGAAUAUACAAUGAAACUAUUAAUAAUGCCUUCAAUUUCGAGCCAAGUGAUUCAAGAUUUUCAAUUUUUAAUCGUAAAUUAAGUAUAUCAUAUCUACAGAGCUUUCUUGUGUGCAAAACCUCCGAAAAUUAAAGCACGGAGAGUCGGAGACAAAGAGAGUGAUCACCAUCAUUUAUGCACAACUAUUAUAUUCC